CCCGCUCAGCGCCCUCGCAGCCCCCGCUCCCGGCAGCCAAUCAGCGGCCGCCCUCCGCCUGUUGCUGGGCAGAUUAUGCUAAUGAGGGCAGAGCCGCCAUGUCUGCAGCUACCAUUCUGAGCCAUGUUUCCAAGACACUGUACUGUGUGUGCGGACAAAGACGUGGCGGACAGAUGAGAUCUCUGUAUUGAUAACUUCUGUCAGUAAGUGAUCAUUGUCUGGGACCUCGAACCAAAACACAUGAUGGACCAGCACAAGGAUGAAAAUCCACACGUUUGGCCCACGUCCGAGGAACACCAGGCUAAUGCUGCUCAGGUGCAUUUUGUUCCUGAUGGAGGUGCUGUGGCACAGAUCGUGUACAGUGAUGAUCAGGACCGACCACCACAGCAAGUGGUUUACACUGCAGAUGCAUCAUCAUUCACAUCUGUGGAUGCGUCAGAACAUACCUUGGUAUAUAUUCACCCAGUGGAUGGCUCCCAGACACUCUUUACUGACCAGCCGCAGGUGGCCUAUGUUCAGCAGGACGCUACCACACAGCAGGUGACUGUUCUGUUGCCUGCUUCGCAGAGCAUGAAUACUGCCAAUCUAGCUGUCCUUAGUGGAGUCCCAGAGUCUGCGCAGACAAUGUCACUGGAGCCAGUAUCACAAGUGGACAGAGCAUCGUUAUCGGUGCAUGAUCAUGGCUUGCCUCCUAUGGAGGAAGCAGAAAGCUCAGCAACCAUGGAAACUCUGCAGCAUAGCCCCAAUGCUCAUUCAGAAGAAAAAGAUGAGGAUGACGAAGAAGAUGAUGAUGAUGAGGAGGAGGAGGAUGAGGAUGAAGACGAUGAUGAAGAUGGUGAAGAUUCAAGUUUUGAUGAAUGGGAGGCCGACCCGCCACGUCCAUUUGAUCCAAAUGAUCUGUGGUGUGAGGAAUGCAAUAAUGCACAUCCCUCCGUUUGCCCUAAACACGGAGCCCUUCAUCCAAUCCCAAACCGCCCAGUCCUAACCAGGGCACGUGCCAGUCUUCCUCUAGUCCUAUAUAUUGACCGUUUCCUUGGCGGUGUCUACUCCAAGCGCCGUAUUCCCAAACGCACUCAGUUUGGCCCUUUGGAAGGUCCACUUGUGAAAAAGAGUGAGCUGAAGGAUGGUUAUAUCCACCUAAAGGUAUCGCUGAACAGCACAAACUCGGAUGGGAAUUUGCAGGAAGAUCUGUGGUUUGAACUGUCAGAGGAGAGUCUCUGUAACUGGAUGAUGUUUGUACGGCCAGCUAAAAAUCAUCUGGAGCAAAACCUAGUGGCUUAUCAGUAUGGCCAGCACAUCUACUACACCACAAUCAAGAAUGUGGAGCCGAAACAGGAGCUGAAGGUUUGGUAUGCAGCCUCCUAUGCGGAAUUUGUCAGUGAGAAGAUCCAUGAUAUAUCCCAGGAAGAAAGAAGGGUUCUGCGGGAACAAGAAAAGAACUGGCCUUGUUAUGAAUGCAACCGCCGUUUUAUGAGCUCAGAACAGCUUCAGCUGCACCUUAAUACACACGACGAAAAAAUCGAUUUAUUUAGCAGAACAAAGGGGAGAGGUCGGGGUCGAACGAAGAGAAAAUUUGGCCCUGGGAGAAGACCUGGACGGCCCCCAAAAUUUAUACGAUUUGAUAACCACAGUGACAACCGUGAAAAGUGUGGCAUAGGAACACAGGAUCUACUUCAUUUCCCAAAUAAGACAUCACAGUACGAGGACUCUGACCACACGACUUUGAAUGGACUGGAUCAGCCAGAACUUACACUAGGUGGAACCACUCAAAGCGAACUGGAUCCACCAACUGAAAAUCAACUGCUGCAGCCUGUGUCCCAUGAAGCCAGCACGCCAUCCAUAUCCCAUAGCACUUUAACUGCUGAAGACAUGCGACGGGCCAAGCGCAUACGGAACGCUGCUUUGCAGCAUCUCUUUAUUCGCAAGUCGUUCCGGCCAUUUAAAUGCUUGCAAUGUGGAAAGGCGUUCAGAGAGAAGGAAAAACUGGAUCAGCAUCUGCGGUUCCAUGGCCGUGAUGGUAAUUGUCCCCUUACCUGCGAUAUCUGCAAUAAAGGCUUUAUCAGCAGCAGCUCUCUGGAGUCACACAUGAAGUACCAUUUGGACCAGAAGACUUAUUCGUGUAUCUUCUGCCCUGAAUCUUUCGAUCGCUUGGACAUGUUGAAAGAUCAUGUCGCUGUGCAUGUCAUCGAUGGCUGCUUCAGCUGUCCAACAUGUAAGAAACGUUUCUCCGAUUUUAUACAGGUUAAAAAGCAUGUGCGCAGUUUCCACUCUGAGAAGAUCUAUCAGUGCACGGAAUGCGAUAAGGCUUUCUGUCGACCGGACAAGUUGCGUCUUCACAUGCUCAGGCAUUCGGAUCGCAAGGACUUCCUCUGCUCCACAUGUGGCAAACAAUUUAAGAGGAAGGACAAGUUGCGAGAACACAUGCAACGCAUGCACAAUCCAGAGAGAGAAGCCAAGAAAGCUGAUCGCACGGGACGCACAAAGACUUUCAAACCACGUCUAGCCUCCACGGACUAUGAAAGCUUCAUGUUUAAGUGCCGUGUGUGUAUGAUGGGCUUUAGGAGACGCGGCAUGCUGGUUAAUCAUUUGUCAAAGAGACACCCGGAAAUGAAGAUUGAGGAGGUUCCUGAGCUGACCUUGCCCAUUAUCAAACCCAACCGUGACUAUUACUGCCAAUACUGUGAAAAGGUUUACAAGAGUGCCAGCAAGCGCAAAGCACAUAUCCUGAAAAACCACCCUGGAGCAGAACUCCCCCCGAGCAUCCGUAAGCUGCGACCUGCAGGUCCUGGAGAGCCUGAUCCUAUGCUCAGCACCCACACUCAGCUUACAGGAACUAUAGCUACCCCGCCGGUGUGCUGUCUCCACUGCUCCAAGCAAUACAGCAGCAAGACAAAGAUGGUCCAACACAUAAGGAAAAAACAUCCGCAAUAUUCUAUGCUGCCAGUAACAUCACAGCCAUCUGUAAUCAGUACAGCCCCAGCCGUCCUUACUGCUGAUGGCACCAAUGGAGAAACGGUGAUGACGACUGAUUUGCUGACCCAAGCGAUGACAGAGUUAUCACAAACACUGACAACAGAAUACCGUACAGUGCAGAGUGACUAUCAACGCAUACAGUACAUCCCAAUUUCUCAGGCCACGGCUGGGAUGCAGCAACCGCAGCACAUCCAGCUCCAGGUGGUGCAAGUAGCGCAGGCACCCUCCCCUCACCAGUCCCAGCAUUCAACGGUGGACAUUGGGCAGCUUCAUGAGACGCAGGGCUAUACCCAGCAUGCCAUUCAGGUACAACAUAUCCAGGUGGCUGAACAAGCGUCCAGUACCCAGGCACCUUCUCAGGUAGCAGGACAGCCUCUAAGUCCCACGUCACAGGAAGCAGAGCAAGGUGUCAGCCCAUCCCAAAUGCAGACUCAAGCCUCUCAAACACAGACAAACAACACUGUGCAGCACACCUACCUGCCAAGUGGCUGGAACCCAUACUCCUCUGAGAUUCAGAUGAUGUUACCCCAAGGGCAAUAUGUGAUUGCAGAGGCCGCAGUGGGCACACCAGUUACUCCGAUUACCAGUAGUCAGGUGAAGGCAGUUACUCAGACACACUAUGUGAUCUCUGACGGGCAGAAUGACCUAGAAAUGAAGAAGAAUGCUGUUUUAGCAGAAGACGUUCCAACAAACCCAGAUCAAAUCGAACAGCAUGUGGCCAAUCCAUCUCAGACAACACAGUACAUUAUCACCACGACCACCAACAUGAACGGUAGCAGCGAGGUGCAUAUUAGCAAGCCCUGAGAGAGGCCAAAGGUGGCCGAGAAACACUGUAUAGACUGCAAGCACCUCUGUUCAUAGAGGAAUCCUGAGUGGGAAAAGAUUGUGGCCACUCCGGACCAACCUAUUGGAGUCUUACUAAAAAAUAUCAGAAUGGCAAGGCAACAGGCAGUACCAAGUGAUCACAGGAACGAGCUCAAAAAAACUGUUAAAACCAUCUUACAAGAAAAAGCGUUUUCUCCUGGUUCCAUGAUGCAUGGGAUUGUCAUUGAAAAUGUCACCAUCUUGGCAUAAGGGCACAUUUCAGAAGGUACCCAAGUGUUAAGAGCUUCUAAAGUUGGUGCAAAGCAUGGUGGCACCUUGCUAUUUAAUACCCCUAUAAUCUGCCAUCCCACAUACUGCAGAAAGAUAAUUCAUCACCUCUAUUUCUACUACUGUUAACGACACUAGGUAGAAAAAAGAUUUAAGUGUCUGCAUUCCAUGAACGUUUUUAAAUUGAAGUCAUCCAUGACAUCUGAUCAGAUUUUCCAAGAUUAAAUGUGUAGCUGAUUCACAGGAGAUAUGUGAAUAUUUUUAUUUGUGUUUGUGCAGCACACAAGGCAUGCCCAAGAGAGAAGGACAUUUUGACAAGUGAUUGUUAGAUUCUUGGUGUAUAGAUGAACUUGUGUAUUAUUUUCAAAAGUAGAUUUUAAACUUGUAAUGUAUUUGCUCAUAAAUGAUUUACAGCAAGCCAUGUUUACACCCGACAGAGGUUUCUAUUAGUCACCACCUACAUUCUAAAUAAUAUUAUAUUGGUUAUCAGGAGUGCCUGAGUGAGUGAGGAAAAAAAAGCUAGAUGGUAAAGUCAGACCUAUUCUUUGUAACACCCAUUUUAAAGCAUUGCAUAAAAUCCUACAAAAUCUCUGACACAACUGGCUCAACCAAUUCAGAGUAUUCUACCGUUUCACUGUGAACUGACUACUUCUUUUCAGUCUAGUUCUAAUAUUCAGUGUGAGUGCACCACAGGCAGUAUACUGCACUGCGGGUGAGAUGCCAUUAUUGUGAUUUAACGAACCUAUUCAUUUUUGUUCUAUAUAUAGAUAUAUUUUGAUGAGCAAGCACCCAGAGGCAGUGACAUGAGGACUGUCACCCCGUACUUUAUUGUGAAACCGAUUUUAUUAUUGUUCCUGUACAAUCAAACAUUUUUUUCAUUCCUGACUUUUUUACUAGAACAUUUUAUGCC